AGAUAUGUCAGAUGAAAAAGGGUCAUUAGAAUAUCUUCCAAUUUAUUCAUUUCUCUUUCCGAAUGAAAAAGGCUCUACCCCAAAGUUUUCUGUUGCAGAUGACAUUUCUGAAGUAUAUGGUUUACCUGGGAUUCAUGAAUGUAUUAACGGUCAAAAACCUUUAAGAGCUGUGAUUGACAUCGAUGCGUCAAAAGGGGAUAUGGAAACAGCUGGUGUCAAGGGACGAGAAGUAUUCAUCCGAAUCUGUUGCUCUUUUAUAAGAGCUCUGUACCGAAUCCUUGACUGUGGUUGGGAAGAUAUUCUCAAAGGGUUAAUAAUUACUACAUCAUCGGAUCUUAGCAAAUGUAGUUACCAUAUUUUAUAUGCACCCGUUCUCCUUAUUAAUCACCAUGAACUCAAAGCAUUUACGGAAUUAGUAUAUACCAUAACUGGGGAAAAAUUUGGCAAGUAUAUUGAUAGAGGAUUACCUGAUCAAAAUUUUAACCUUUGUCUUAUCGGUUCAGCAAAAAAAGGACUUGAAGUAAGACCUCAAAUACUUAGUACAGAAAAAAAUAAUGAUCCACUAAGAAUAUCUGUAGGGCAGGAUAUAUUACAAAAAUGCGCGGAUCUAGUUUUGCAAAAGUAUUCUAAAUAUCUUAGGGAUUGGACUAUCGAAGAAAAGGAAGAGACGAAGGAAAACUUCGUAUAUUUUAACCGAAAAGCUUCACUAGAAUGUUCACUCUGCAAACGUUUACAUGACAAGGAUCAGCGGUGGUUCGGUCGUGUAUGUAUUAGCAGUGGAAGGUUCAUCGUAAAAUGCUUUUGGCAAAAUAGUGAUGAGCAUGGGGAAGUUUUUGAAUGUGAUCCAUCUAUUGCAGAAAAAAUUCAGCAAAAAAAUAAAAAUUCUUCAAAAGUCUCUUGCAAAGUAAAAGGUCUGGGCUUCCCUAAAGCCUUCGUAGAAAUGCUAACAUGGGUCAAGUAUAAUGAAACCCUUACGGCUACAGAAAUAUAUAAGGAGAGAUAUAUAAGAUCAUUACCCAAUAAAGGUGAUAUUUAUGUAGGGUUGCCUUGGGAAACUGGAAAAACGUACAUUCUUGAACAUCUUACUAUUUCUGAUGUU